AUGUUUCGAUAUUCAUUAGGCGAUCGGUCUAUCUCACUCAAACUGCCUGAUUUUACGCAGCAAGAGGUAGAUUUUACUGAUGCCUCUUUUUUUUCGUCAAGCCCAGACCGCCACCUUCCAACGCCAGCUCAAGUCAGAGCUUUAUCGAAAGAUGUCGGUACUUGUGGCGAACCAGCCCCCAUACGUUUUGAGGACCCCAAAUUAAUCGUCAAAUUUGGUCCUUCUCGCCAUGUAACAACUACUGAGGCCGUGAAUCUUUGGAUGAUUAAAAAAGUUUUUGGUGACGGCAUUCCGGUACCUGAGCUCUUCGGGUGGCGCGUUGAUAGCGAAGGCUAUGUUUUCAUAUAUAUGGAGCUCAUCAAUGGGCCAACUCUUCAAGAAUGUUGGAAUCAACUAAAAACCAACGAUAAAAACGCGGUCAUUGAUCAAUUAUCUCGAAUUACCGAAAAUCUACGCAAGCUUAAGCAGGAUCCUUCCAAUCAAUUUAUCGGAUCGAUAAACAACCGGCCUCUUUUGGAUUAUGUCUUUGCGGAUCAACCGACAACUGGCCCAUUCUCCAGCGUGAAGGAGUUUAAUGACUGGUUUGCACUUUGCCAUCAAUUACGCUUUGAACGCAGAUAUGACGACCCCAAUCGUUGUUUUCUACCAGAUGAUGGAGAGGUCAAGCUGACUCAUGCGGAUCUAAAUCGGCGCAAUAUCAUACUUCCCUCUACCAAUCCCCUUCGGAUUGUAGUUGUUGACUGGCAGCAAUCAGGAUGGUACCCAGAUUAUUGGGAGUACUGCAAAGCAACUUGGACAGUCUCAUAUAAAGACGAAUGGCGUGAAGAUUACAUUUACAAAUAUUUGCAGCCUCGUGAGGACGUCUACGACGUAUUUUGUGAGUAUACUGCGGCUAUGGGUGCAUUCUGA